AAUAAAUAUAUAUUUGUUAUCCAUCCACCGCUCUCUUUGAUCCGGUUCCAAGCUUCACCUCUUCUGCAAAACCAACUGUAGCUGGAGGCUGGAGGCUGGACGCUGAACGGUAGAGAAGAGGAACCCAGAAGAGAUAAAGGCGCCAAUCGACUUGUCAUAGAUGGAGCAGGGGAAACAGGGAGUGCUAGUUAAAUUGAAUCCUCCUCAGAACCCAUUGGAGCAGAUUCAAGCUCGUUUCAAGGAACUAGAAAGUGGGUUCAAGUCGUGGUUGGCCAAGCAAUCUCUCCCAGUUGAGGCCGCUGUUGUCACCGCCACCAGCGCUGCGCAGGGCGCUGCUAUUGGUGGGUUUAUGGGCACUCUCACCAACGACGUUUCUUCGUCUCUGCCCACUCCUCAAGCCGGCCUCAACCCUCAGGCCAUGGCAUCUUUCAAGCAGGCCCAGGCUCUUGCUGGAGGUCCUUUAAUACAAGCUCGCAACUUUGCUGUGAUGACAGGUGUUAAUGCUGGCAUAUCCUCUGUUAUGAAGAGAUUGAGAGGCAAGGAGGAUGUCCAGUCCAGCAUGGUGGCUGCUUUUGGAUCCGGAGCUAUGUUUUCUUUGGUGAGUGGAAUGGGAGGUCCAAAUCAGGUGGCAAAUGCUGUCACCUCUGGUCUAUUUUUUUCCCUCGUUCAAGGUGGACUUUUCAAGUUAGGGGAAAGGUUUUCUCAACCACCUGCGGAAGAUGUGUACUAUGCCAAAACAAGAAGCAUGUUGAAUAACCUUGGCCUACCGAGUUAUGAGAAGAAUUUCAAGAGAGGCUUAUUGACCGAUAGCACUUUGCCUCUGCUUACUGAUAGUGCGCUUAGAGAUGUCAAAAUCCCGCCGGGGCCAAGGCUACUCAUUCUCGAUCACAUUCAGAGGAACCCAGAGCUAAGAGGGAGACGAAGCUGAUUUAGAGGGAGCCUCUUGCCCAGGAAUUUGCAGCUCAAGUGUUUCCGCUCUUGCUAGUUCAGCUGGAGAAGGUAGGGAAAUAUUAAUUCAUCUAAAAUAGGAAGAAUUUGUGUGAUAAAUAGGGCUAUUGUACUUGUGAAAAGUUGAAUUGUCCUUAGAAUUCGCACUAAAGUCCGUUUUCCAUUUUAUUGCGGACGGCAGAACCGUUGCUCGGUCUAUGAACAACUUGGGUGGUUGAUACUUCAGAUUUGCUAAAUCUUGUAGUCUUUUUUGACAGUUCGCCGGAGAGAACAGUUCUGAAAGACUUGUUCACAGUUUUCAAAAUAGUUUUUAGAAAAUGUGGUCGACUGAUUUCAAGUGUUA